CCUCUUCCUCUCCCCUCACAAAUCGCACGCUCCUCCCCACAUUUCGCGCUCUAAACAUAGGCGAGGUCGCGCGCGCGCGUCGAUCCCACACAGAAUUCCCUAUUCCUGCUCGCGAAUCUCCCCUGCGCGAUCGCGAUCGCGUUCCUCUGAGCUCCCUCAAAUCUGAGUGCGCAUCCCGGGUCCGAUUCGGAUCGCCUAGGUUUUUCUCUUCCGCGAUCGGCGAGGCGGGGGAUGACGAUGCCCUGCUAGGCCUGGGUCGGAGGCGAUGAACAUCGUGUGGGGCGUCGCCGAUCUCCUCCGCAAAGCGCCCCCUCCCCCCGCGCCCGGUGGUGGCGACGGCUCGGCGCCCGCGCCCGCCAGCUCCUUACCCGCCGGCGGCCUCGACAACGCGCCCACACCCCGCGUUGUCUUCAGUGAUAGUCCAGAGGAGGGAGCCCUAAGUGUACUUUGGAAGAAGUAUGAGAAUGCAUUUGAUAAGGUUGAAAAGGAGAAAUCCCUUCAAAUUUUUAUCUUACAAUUUGUAGAGACAUUCAGAGAUUGGGGACCACACCCGAUUGAGCAAUUGGUUGGCCAAGAAUUAGGAUCCGAUGCAACAAUUGCCGGAUGCUCUUUUGGGCAUCCUUCUGAGGUCAUUCUUAUUCUGAUUCAGGAGAUUUCUCUAAUUACGUCAACUAUUGUUGAAAGUGGCAACAGCCUGGAAUCUCCUGCAAACCAUCAUCCAGGGCAACCAACAAACCUGGGAUUAAGCACACAAAUACUACAAGUUCUGGAGUGCUUGGCAAUUCUGACUCGCUCCUUGCAUAACUGUAGAGUAUUUAGCUACUAUGGUGGUGUGCAGAAGAUUACUUCUCUACUAAAAGCUGCAGUUGCUCAGCUCAGAAACUUGAACAGUUUGCUGGCUGCAGAUGACCAAUCUUCAGAUGAAGCAAUGAGAAAUACUAGGCUGAUGCUAAGUAUACUUGUAUGCAUAAUCACAAUAAUUUCAAACUUCAUGAAGUUGGAAACAACCACCACAAGGAUACCCCAUAUUGUCGAGACCACUAAGCAUACCCCAUCAAAAAGCCACCUGGCUGCAGUUACUUCUAGUUCUCCAGAUCACACCAUUUCCAAUACAGUUCGACAUUGGCAGCAGAAGGCAAUUGUUCUUGUGAUGGAAGCCAGUGGUGUCAAUUGGUUAGUAGAACUCUUACGUGUCAUUCAAAGGCUGAAUUUGAAAGAGCAGUGGAAUGAUCUCUCGCUUCAUUUUAUCACUCUGUGCACUCUGCAAUCAACUGUUUCUGGCACUCGUGCUCAGAAUCAUCUCAGAAGCAUUGGUGGGCUGGAAAUUCUAUUGGAUGGACUAGGACUUCCUUCUACUAAAUUUUCAGUUUUGAAGCAUUCAUCUAUCUCAAGAAAUGAAAGGGGUGAAAUACUUCUGCUCCAGAUACAAUAUUUGCAAAUUCUAAGUGAGGCGGUAUUUGCCAAUGUCAACAAUUUGCAUUUUUUAUGUGAAAAUGGACGGGUACACAAAUUUGCAAACUGCAUUUGUUGGCCUGCAUUUAUGAUUAAGAAGUUCCAUCAGCAAAAGGAUAACACCAUGGCUUCACAUGCAAUAGAUUCUGUCUCUGGUCCAAUUUGUUUUCUUGAUAUAACUGACUGGAAUGACUACUCUGUCAAGUUGAGCAACGCCCUUUGUUCCUUUAUUCUCCCUUCAAAGGAUAUCGAUUACUGGUCCCAUGAAAUAGCUGUCAGCCAAAUUGCAGUAUCUAUCCCAUCGGCAUACCUGGAGCAAUCUGUGAGAUGGAUCAUUAGGAUUCUUAUGACCGUCUUUCUAUGUAUCAGAGCUUGUACCAGUGAAUCUACAUUACCGAACCACAUAAAGAUUUUCGCAAAGACCCUUCAACAUAACAUCAUCCGCAUGUUCAAAAGGGUUCUUAUGUCAACACCAGCUCUACUCCCAGCUUUUCGAGAGGAAGGGGUAUGGCACCUGAUUUUCUCAGGGAAUUUCUUUUACUUUGGUUCAUCUGUAGAAGGCACCCAUUUUCAUAUUGGUACGGAUAUUCAAAAUGGUGAUAUUAACAGUACUCAAAUAUCUAUCGAUUCUGAAACUUUGUACUGUACUGAUGUUAACAUUCUUCAAGUGGAAGCUAUUUCCUUCUUGGAGUUUGCUGCAACACUCAAUGAAAACACAUAUAACACGCCAGAAUGCUUGGCACUGCUGGAUGCACUUGAACAUUGCAUUUCUGAUCCUUCGACAGUCUGCACUCUUCUCAAAAGCUUCCGUGUAAUUCUACAACUCGCCACAGAACAAACUUUAGCUUCAUUUGAAUCAUUGGAUGUGAUUACAAGAGUCCUUAAGGCUGCUUGCCAUCAGGCACAAGAACUACGGAACUUUAGCGAUUUUCUUUGUUCUAAUGUCAUGAUCACUGAAGAUGUUACCCAGUGUAAAAGUAUUGAAGACAGAACUGAGAACGCUCUUAUGUGUACAGAGUUAGCUUUGAGCCUCUUUACAGAAUAUGUCACUAUAUCGAUAGAUGGAAGAAUUCUUGUUUUGCACAAUGCUGACUGUAUUGAGUGUUUAUUUGACUUGUUCCAAGAACAGAACCUUCGAAAACAUGUGCUGGAACAGGUUCUUGCCUUAUUUAAGUUGCCUUCAUCGUCAGCACAAGAUCAUACAGCAAAAUUGCAGUUAUGCUCCAAAUAUUUAGAGAACUUUGCACGAGCAAAUGAAAAGGAAAAGAUCGACUCAGAGUUGUUGAUUGAUCUUCUCGUCAGCAUGAGAGAGAUCAUAAGGAUGGAUCACAUGUACUAUCAAAAUCUGUUUCGCAAUGGAGGUUGUUUUCUGCAUAUUGUCUCUUUGUUGAAUGGAAAUAUCAAUGAGGUUACUGACGAGCAGCUUAUCCUUAAUGUCCUUGAGACAUUAACUUUAUUACUUAAAGGAAAUGAUGCAUCCAAGGGUGCCUUUAGAUUGCUAGUUGGUGCAGGCUAUCAAACCUUACAAAGCUUGGUACUGGAUUUCUACAAAUGGUCACCAAGUGAGAGACUCCUUGAUGCAUUGCUUAGCAUGCUGGUUGAUUGCAAGUUCGAGUUAAAUGAGAAAACGACUAUAAAGAAUGAAGACGCUGUUGUAUUACUUCUGAAUAUUUUACAGAAGAGCAGCGCAUCGCUUCAGCACUAUGGGCUUGUGAUCUUACAGCAGUUGCUCAAGCAAUCCAUUACAAAUAGAACCUCUUGUUUCAGAGCUGGAUUGCUAAGUUUUCUUCUUGAUUGGUUUUCAAUAGAGGAAAAGGAUGAUACAGUUAUUGAAAUUGCAGAGAUAAUACAGAUACUUGGUGCACACAGUAUAUGUGGCAAGGACAUUAGGAAAAUCUUUGCGCUCUUGCGUUGUGAGAAGAUUGGUGCCAAACAGGAGCACACUUCUUUGCUUCUGACAAGUCUGAGUCACAUGCUCAAGGAAAAGGGUCCAGAAGCUUUCUUUGAGUUCAGUGGCCAUGAUUCUGGUAUAGAAAUAAAAUCAUCCUUCCUAUGGCCUUACAGUAGAGGUCUAUCUUUUUCUUGCUGGUUAAGGGUUGAGAACUUCCCAGACAACGGUAUGAUGGGCCUUUUCUCCUUUUUCACAGAAGACGGAAAGGGGUGCUCAGCUGUGCUUAACAGAAGUGCUUUAGUAUAUGAGUCUAUCAAUCAAAAACAUCAGUGUGUUUUGUUACCACUCAAGCUCCCACCAAAGGAAUGGAAAUUCCUUUCUGUUACUCAUACAAUUGGGAGGGCUUUCUCCGGAGGAAGCCAGCUGAGGUGUUACAUAGAUGGGGAGCUAGUAUCAUCCGAGAAGUGCGGGUAUGCAAAAGUCAAUGAAGCAAUGACACACUGCACCAUUGGUACAGAAUUGAUGCCUGUUGGUGAAGAACCUAUCUCAAUUGGUUUCGAAAAAACUUUUGCCUUUACAGGUCAAAUGGGUCCAGUCUAUGUGUUUUCUGAUGCCCUUUCUUCAGAGCAAGUAAAGGGCAUAUAUUUUCUCGGACCUAGUUACAUGUACUCUUUCCAUGGUGAUGAUUCACUCUACAGGGGAAUUCUUGAUGCAAGAGAUGGCCUUUCAUCAAAGAUAAUUUUUGGUUUCAAUGCACAGGCUAGUGAUGGCCGGAGUUUGUUCAGUGUGUCAUCAGCACUUGAUAAUGCAGACCAAAGUACAUUUGAAGCAGCAAUUAUGGGGGGAACAAAGUUAUGCUCGCGGCACUUGCCUCAGGACAUUAUUUACUGUGUUGGUGGUGUCUCUGUAUUCUUCCCACUCUUCACUCAAUUUUUUGAUGCUGCAACUGAUGUUGUGCAAUCUUGCCAUUCAUCUGUCGACAAUGACAAAUUGGCAGCUGAGGUGAUUGAGCUAGUCGCAACUGUUCUGGAUGGAAAUGUAUCAAAUCAACAACAGAUGUAUCUUCUUUCUGGGUUACCUAUUCUAGGCUUCUUGCUUCAAUCAGCUACACCACAGCUCUUCACAACCAAAACUCUUUCCGCACUAAAGUAUACAUUCAACAUUCUAAGGAAAUGCGGCAUGUCAAAAGUUCUCCUGAAAGAUGCUAUCUCACAUAUUUAUUUAAAUCCACAAAUAUGGGUAUAUGCAAGCUAUGAAGUACAAAGGGAUCUUUAUAUGCUUGUGAUAAAAUAUUUUGAAACAGACGGGAGGCUUUUACCACUUCUAUGUGGACUUCCUUGGAUUAUUGAUAUUGUGUGCCGAUAUUACUGGGAAAAGGCUGAUUCUAGGCAUGUUGUUGCUUCCAAGCCUUUGCUGCAUCCAGUUACCAAAGAAGUUAUCGGAGAGAGACCUAAGAUAGUUGAAAUUCGCAAGCUUCGUCUUCUCUUUUUAAGUUUAGCAGAAAUGAGCUUAAAGCUAAGAAUUUCUCCAGAUGACAUAAGAGCGCUUGUAGCAUUUUUCGAGAGGAGUCAAGACAUGGCAUGUAUAAGGGAUAUACUGGACAUGAUCAUACGUGCUCUCUCACAGGGCUCAGUUUUGUCAUCCUUUGUGGAGAACGUAAAUUGCCUUGGUGGUUGUUGCAUUUUCAUUAACCUCCUUAAGAGGGAAUUUGAGCCAGUCCGUUUGUUGGGGCUUCAGCUCUUUGGAAAGCUCUUGGCUGGGGUUCCUUCUGAGAAGAAAGGAACAAAUUUUUUUUCCUUACCCUUAGGGCAGUCUAGAUGCAUCUCUGAGAACCUCAUGAAAGAAAUAACAGCUGCACCUCAAUUGUUCUUCUGUACAAUUUCUGAAAGGCUAUUCAACUUUCCGCUAUCAGACAAUUUAUGUGCAGCUCUUUUCAGUGUUCUUGGUGGAAUCACUCCACAACAGGUCCUCCAGGAAAAUUCUCAGUCUGAUCCAUCAAGGGAUAAAAAUUGCAAUCUUUCAAGCUUGCCACCCUUUUCCGUUCCUCAGAUUUUGGUCUGCAUCUUUAGAUAUAUGCAUUCUUGUCAAGAUUCCUCAGCACGCAGAAGAAUCUUGAAUGAUCUUCUUGGUUUGCUGGACUCAAAUCCUUCAAACAUUGAGGCCUUAAUGGAGCACAGUUGGAACUCUUGGCUUGAAACAUCCACAAAGCUUGAUGUAUUUAAGGACUACAAAUCAGUUUCUAAAGAUGAGCUCAAUGAUGUGGAGACAGAUGAACUAAAUCUUGUGAGGAACUUGUAUUCUGUGGUCCUUUCAUACUACCUGCGCUCUGUUAGAGGUGGCUGGCAUCAACUCGAGGCUACUGCUAAUUUUUUCCUUUUCAAACUUGAACAGGGACAGCUAUCAAGCCUUGAUUUGCUGAGGGACAUAUUUGAUGAUAUUGCGGGGAGCCUGCUUCAGAAAUCUGUGAAAGAUAAUAUUUUCCUUUUUCAGCCUUGCUGUGAUAAUGUAUUGCAUUUUUUGAACCUUAUACAUGAGUUGCUUGUCAAUCAAAUGGGAAUUAAGCUCUUGUUUCCAUCUCCCAAUCUAUCAGAGGAAUCUUCACAUGAAAACAUGUGGAAAGAAGAUAUUAAGUCAACAGUAAAUGAUAUUUUAAAUACUGAGAGCAAUGGUCAAUGUACAAGCUUGCUUUGGACGGCUUGCAAAUAUUCUGAUGGAAAUGAUAUCAGUGAUGAUCGGUGGAGCUUCUUUGACAAGGUGUGGAGUAUUAUAUGUAAUUUGAACGGGAAAGGACCAAGCAAAUUGCUGCAGAAGGAUCCAAAUGUUGAGGUUGCAUCUUUGGAGCAAAGGCCAUGUGGAUUGGUGGAGUCUGUAAAUGUCCCAGCUGCUGAAAAGGCUGCUGUUGUUGUAUCUGGAGGUAUCGGUACUGCAUUAGGUGUAAAAGCGAAUAGAUUUGCUGAGAAAACUAUAACGUCAAGGGAGGAGAUAAUUCCAAGAGUUUUCUUCCACCUUGUGAUUCUGUACCUCUGCAAAGCUGGAUCAGAAAAUGCAUCCAAGUGUGUCCUGCAGUUCAUGUCAUUGCUUCCAAUUCUUCUUAUUUCAGAAGAUGAUCAAAGCAAAAAUAAGCUGCACUUUUUGAUCUGGUCUUUACUAAUUGUAAGAGCUCAGUAUGGGCAGCUUGAUGAUGGCGCACGUUUCCAUGUUUUUUCACACUUGAUUCUGGAAACUAUUAUAUAUGGAAAGUCCAUGUUGGUUACUAAUAUCUUAGGCAGAGAUGAUUCAACGGAAGUCACGAACAAUAAAGAGACUGGAUUCAUUCUUAGCUUUAUACAGAAGGAUCGUGUUCUUGCCGCGGCUACUAAUGAGGUUAAGCACAUGAAGGCUGUUCAGGCUGAUCGCUUAAAGCAGCUGCAGGAACUUCAGUUUAUGCUUAAUGAGAGUUCCGCAAAGGAGACAUGGUUAGUGCAGGCCAUUGAAGAUGAGAUACAUUUUACUGUCACUGCAGUCCUUUCAGCAGAUGACAGUAGAAAAGCAGCUUCUCAACUUGCUUUCCAUGAGGAUCAGCAAAUGAUCGCGGAUAAGUGGAUUCAUAUUUCCCGUGCUUUGAUGGAUGAGAGGGGACCAUGGUCUGCUAACCCUUUUCCAAAUGAUGUGGUGACUCACUGGAAACUUGACAAGACAGAGGAUAGAUGGCGGCGACGGUUCAAGCUCAAACGUAAUUACAAAUUUGAUGAACGCCUAUGUCAACCUUCACAGUCAAGGAAUGAAAAUACAGGUCCUUCAGCUGACCAACCAUACAUUAGUGCCAAAAUUCCUGAGAAAAUGAAGCGAUUCCUUCUUAAAGGAGUACGGGGAAUCACAGAGGACAUUGGCUAUGAACCAUUUGAAGACACUAGCAAUGCGAAUGAAUCUACCCAGAUUAAUCCUUUAGAAAACCAAAACCUGAAUAAUGCUGCAGAUUCCUCUGAUUAUCAUGCUACUGUACACGACAAGAAAGAGCCAUCAUCUACUAAUGGAGAUAAUGAUUAUACAAAGGUUCUUUGUUCAGUUCGUUGUGUUCUUGUAACCCCAAAGCGAAAAUUAGCAGGAUACUUAGAUAUCACACGAACUGUUAUGCAUUUUUCUUUUGAAUUUUUGGUUGAAGGAACUGGAGGAUCAUCUGUAUUCAGCAAAUUUAAAGACAAAAAAGAUUCAGAUUGCAAGAACGAUCUGGGAGGUUUUGACAGACUUGAUGGAUGUCGAGAUGGUAUGAUUGAAACCAAUGGUGUCUUGAUGCAAAACCAAUCUAACAAGAUUAAACGUCACAGAAGGUGGAACAUAGCCAAGAUAAAAGGAGUUCAUUGGACACGCUACCUACUACAAUAUACUGCGAUGGAGAUCUUCUUUGAUGAUUCAAGUGCACCUAUAUUUUUAAAUUUUUCCUCUCAAAAGGAUACUAAAAAUGCUGGGACUCUGUUGGUUUCUCUCAGGAAUGAAGCUUUGUUCCCGAAAGGAAGUACCAAAGGCAAAAACAGUAUCAUUUCAUUUGUCGACAGGCGAGUUGCUCUUGAAAUGGCUGAGAAUGCUGGAGAAAGAUGGAAAAGGAGGGAGAUCAGUAACUUUGAGUACCUUGUGAUUUUAAACACCCUUGCUGGAAGAUCUUACAAUGACUUAACUCAGUAUCCUAUAUUUCCAUGGGUAUUGGCUGAUUACACCUCAGAAAAGCUUGAUUUCAACAAGUCAUCAACUUUUAGGGAUCUUUCAAAACCAGUUGGUGCUUUGGAUGAAAACCGCUUCAAGGUUUUUGAAGAUAGAUAUCUUAGUUUCUGUGAUCCUGAUAUACCGAGUUUUUAUUACGGAUCUCACUACUCUAGCAUGGGAAUCGUUCUUCAUUACAUGCUUAGGCUCGAGCCAUUUACAACUCUGCAUCUAAGCUUUCAGGGUGGCAAGUUUGACCAUGCUGAUCGUCUGUUCCAGAGCAUUGAUAGCGCUUACAGAAAUAGCUUAUCAAGUACAAGUGAUGUCAAAGAGCUUAUUCCAGAAUUCUUUUACAUGCCUGAGUUUCUUGAAAAUUCAAAUUCGUAUCAUCUUGGUGUUAAGCAGGAUGGUGAGCCCAUAGGCAAUGUUGCUCUCCCUCCAUGGGCGAAGGGUUCGCCUGACGAAUUCAUCCACAUCAACAGAGAAGCCCUUGAAAGUGAAUAUGUGAGCUCUAAUCUCCAUCACUGGAUUGACCUCAUCUUUGGUUACAAGCAACGUGGACAACCAGCUGUUGAGGCAGCAAACAUAUUUUACUAUGUGACAUAUGAAGGUGCAGUUGAUCUGGAAAAUAUGAAUGACAUGUUGCAUAAAUCUGCUAUUGAGGAUCAGAUAGCGAAUUUUGGACAGACACCAAUCCAGAUCUUCCGGAUGAAACAUCCAAGAAGAGGACCUCCCAUCCCAAUUGCUCAUCCACUGUAUUUUGCACCACAGUCGAUAACAUUGACUUCGAGUGUUUCUAGGUCAAUCAGCCACAUGUGUGCUGUGCUAUUUAUAGGUUUGUUGGAGAACACAGUUGUAUUGAUGAAUGAGGGUCUCAUAUUGUCAGUAAAGCUGUGGUUGACAACACAGCUGCAGUCAGUUGGAAAUUUCACAUAUUCUGGACCACAGGAACAUUUAUUUGGAAUCAGUUCAGAUGUUAUCUCUCCUCGUAAAAUUGGCACUUUCCUUGCUGAAAACGUCAAGUUUGGAAGACAUUGCUUAGCAACAAUGCAAAAUAAUGGUGACAAUUAUUUGAUUUUAUGUGGAAAUUGGGAGAACAGUUUCCAAAUAAUCUCUCUUAGUGAUGGAAGAAUUAUGCAGAGCAUCAGGCAACAUAAGGAUGUUGUUGGCUGUGUGGCAGUUUCAUCUGAUGGAAAUGUGGUUGCAACUGGUGGUUAUGACACAACUGUUAUGAUCUGGCAUGCAUUUCGAGGAAGACCGAUUGAUAAGAAAUUGAGGACUGCCAAUUUUGAACUUUCAGAAAAGGAACAUGUUAUAGUGGAAAGGCCUGUUCAUAUCUUUUGUGGUCAUGAUGACAUCAUAACAUGCUUAUUUGUUAGCACGGAACUGGACAUUGUAAUUAGUGGUUCAAAAGAUGGGACUUGUAUUUUUCAUACACUGCGUGAAGGGAGAUACGUUCGGUCCAUUCAGCAUCCUUCUGGUGUUGGUUUGUCGAAAUUGGUUGCAUCACAGCAUGGGAGAGUGGUAUUAUAUUCUGAGAAUGACCUCUCGUUGCACAUGUACUCCAUCAAUGGAAGACAUAUUGCUUCUUCAGCAACCAGUGGACGUCUCAAUUGCAUGGAACUUAGUUGUUGUGGUGAGUUCAUUGCUUGUGCUGGUGAGAAGGGACAGGUAGUGUUACGUUCUAUGCAUUCUCUGGAUAUUGUUUGGAUGUAUGAUGGAGCUGGGAAGACAAUUACUUCUCUAGCUGUGACCCCUGAGGAGUGCAUCCUAGCAGGAACCAAGGAUGGUAGCUUGCUAGUGUUCUCAAUAGAAAACCCUCUUGUUCGAAGGGGGAGCUUGCAACGAAAUAGAAUAAAGACCUCCACAACUGGAUAAGUUUCAUGUGGCAACAAGAAAUCCACCAGAUGAAAAAUUAUAGCUUCAUGUAAGGUCAUUACCAGCUUAUAGAACUGUUCUCGCGACAAUGUACUCUGUACAUAAUAAAGCACAGUUCUGUCUUUCGAGAUCACUACAUAAAGCUGACAUUCAGGAAUGAGCAUUGUCAUGAUAUUCAGCUUCUGAUGGCCAUUGAGCGCUCAAUCUGGAUGCAUUGAACUUAUGCGCUUCAGGGUACAUCAAGAUAUUCAGUUGAUGAUGGCCCUUAUUAAGCACUCAAUCUGACUGCAUCGGACUUAUGCUGAUUGACACUAGAUCCAUAGUUGACUUUAGGGUAGACGCGUAGCAACUUUACUUGUCCAGCCUACACAAUUGUUAGCGGGCGGAGCACUCCACUUCAGGUGUUUGUGGAGAGGGUAGACAGACUCCCUGCAACAGUCUUUGUAUGUAGGGUUCUCUUGUAUGUAUUAGAUUAGCCAAUGCGUUUUGUAGUUACCAAAAUACAAAUUGUAAAUGGACCAUUUCGAUGUGAAGAGCGUUAGAAAGCAUCUUCAAUUAUCAGCUCUUGCAAUUUUAUCGAA